AUGGACGAGCUGGCGCUCGGCGGCACUGGGCAACAUUCGGCUUGGGGUCGAAUUAACAAUCCGCUCGAUUCGACCCGCAUGCCUGGCGGUUCGUCAUCAGGUUCGGUAGCGACUUUCACGUCCAACAUUGGGUUAGCGAUUGGUUCAGACACGGGUAACUCGGUGCGUCUACCCGCUUCUUACUGCGGGCUAGUUGGCUUUAAACCUUCUUACGGAGCUGUAUCGCGUUACGGCAUGUUCGCUUUUGCCUGCUCUCUAGACACAUUGUCGCCGACGGUUAAAAAAGCCUACCUAGCGCUCAAAGAGAAGUUGGUUCAAGAUGGCAUUGAAGCUGAAAUAGUCAAUUUAGAGGAGCAGAUUUUUGAGUUAAUUGACCCAACUUACGAAGUAAUUUCUUACUCGGAAGCUUCCUCUAACGAUGCUAAUUUAGCCGGGGUCAACUUCGGCAAGCGGGUUGAAGGCGAGGACUGGUCGCAAAUGAUGUUAAAAACGCGCAGCCAACACCUUGGCAAAAUGGUUCAGCGUCGUUUUACGCUUGGGGCCUACUAUUUACUAAGGGAAAACCAAGCCGAAAUAUUUUUGAGAGCCCAGAAAGUUCGCCGUUUAAUUCACAACCGCUACAACCAAAUUUUUGAUCAGUACGACGUUUUGGUUUUUCCAACCACAACCGUUGCGCCAACUUGGAAACAAGGUAAACCAAACCUUUGA